AUGCACCUCGAGCACGGCAUAGAUGAGCCACCGAGCCUGGUCAUCAUGGAGGCGUGCACCGUGGCCAAAGUUGUCAAGAUGGACGUGCUCGCCGCCCUGCUCGAGUCGCCGCGAUUUGAGGUGCUGCAGCUCACCAAGCCGCGUGCGGAGGCAAUUGCGGCGUUUGAAGCACGUGGACGUGAGCAUGACAGUGGAGCUGUCAAGAAUGUGCCUGCUGCGACGGUCCAUGACAGGUAUUCGGGAGAGGUUGACCGCAUCAAGGAGGCGCUCGAGGCGCGCGCCGCAGCCACAGGGAAGGUGCUCAAGGAGGGGUGGUGGCGCUGCAUGCCACAGGCAGAGGCGAUGGAGGUGGUGAGAGCACGGCUCACACAGGCGGCCUGA